AUGCAAAGAUCUAUACGACGUAAUCGUCAGUAUACAUGUAAAAGUCGUGGUACAACAGUUGGCAGUAAAUCUGGUAUCGUAGUUUGUCGAGUGGAUAAAUCUCAUCGUAAUCAAUGUAGAGCAUGUCGAUUAACUAAAUGUCUUGAAGUUGGUAUGAAUAAAGAUGCUGUUCAACAUGAACGUGGACCAAGAAAUUCUACAUUAAGACGACAAGUUGCUUUAUUUAUGAAUAAUGAUCAUCAAACUAUACAUAAAUCACAAUUAUCUCGUCAAUCAAAUCAAUUAUAUCAUCAUCAUCAUCAAUAUCCAACAUCAUAUCAACAAUUAUCUCAAUCAUCUAUUCAUCAAUCUAUACCAUUUUCACAAAUACCAAUAACAACACAAUUAAUGCAUACUAACACUUUAUUAGAUAUGACACUUGGAAAUUCAUUGAAUACAAAUAACAUUAUGAAUGACAAAGAUACUACUACUACCACUACAACUACUACUACUAACAAUAAUAAUAAUAGUGAUCAACAAUAUUCAGAAAAUUCAUUAUCAAUCAAUAAUAUAUUGAAUUUUACAAAUCCAGCUUUUUUAUGCUUAAAAUCUACAAAUGAAUCACUACUACCUUUUUGUUCUACUACACCAUCAUUAUCAUUGUUGUCAACAUUGUCUUCUUCUUCUUCUCCUUCUACUACUACUACUACUACUAGUACUACUACUGCUACUGCUGCUACGACUUCUUCUACUUCGAAUACAUUGACAACAAUUACAACUAUGAAUAAUCCCAUGGUUACUACCUCUACAAUAAAUGAUAAUAUGAAUGUUCUUUUAUCUAAAUCAUCAACAAUUACUAUAACAUCUCCACCAAUCUGUUCUAUCUCAUCUACAAUGAAUAUAAACCAUAAUAAUUUUAAUUAUUUCAAUUAUUUACCUUCUAUGUUUCAUUUAUCUAAUCCAUUUAGUUUAAAUUUUCCAAAUCAUAGUUAUUUUUCAACCAUAAGUAAAUCUACAUUACCAUUAAGUAUGAUUAAUACUACUUCAACUAUGAAUAAUACUACUCAUAACACUAUGAGUAGUGUUAGUAAUAACAGUACUAAUAGUAUGAUGAAUAUUGACAAUAUUAGUACUACUACUACUACUACUAAUACUACUAAUAACAGUAGUAAUGGAAGUACUAUGAGUAGUAUGAAUUGUUUAAAUAAAAAUGAGAAUAUCCAUCCAAUAGAAUAUUCAUUGAAUAGAGAUUUACUUGAAAAAUUACAGCAUCAUCAUCAUCAUCAUCAUCAUCAUCAUCAUCAUCCUCAAAACAAUCAUGAUGAUGAUAAUGAUGAUGAUGAUAUAACAAUGUCUAAUGAACAACCAAUGACAAUCUCAUCAUCAAAUCUAAAUAAUCUUGAUCAUUUGAAUAUAAAAACAACAUGGAAUAAAGCGUUAGCUUUUGCUAAAUUAUGUUUACCAGAUUUAUUUACAUAUACAAAUACACAUUAUUUUGAUUAUAUUGAUCAUUCGAUCAAUAAUAAUAAUAAUAAUAAUCAAUAUAUUGAUUAUACAAAAUCAUUAUUAUAUUUUCAAUCAAUUUUAAAAUUAAAUAAUCAAUAUGAUUAUGAAAAAUCAAUAUUAUGGCCAUGGUUUAUGUCAAAUUGUAAUCAAUUUAUUGAUUCAUUAUUACAUUCAACUUGUAUGAAUGAUCAUAAUUUGGAUAAUAAUCCCAAACAGAAGAACCCUAAUCAUAAUAUAACUGAUCCCAAUAAUAAUAAUAAUAAUAAUAAUAAUAAUAAUAAUAAUAAUAAUAAUAAUAAUAAUAAUAAUGGUCAUGUGAAUUCAAUAUUGAAUUGUCAUAUUAAUCCAGGAAAUCAAAUGACCAAUACAUUAUAUCCUACAAUGCCAAUAUUGACAUCAUCAGUAACGUCCACGGUGACAUCGACUCCGAUAAGUUUUCCUCAAUUACCUUAUCAUUAUUCUUCAUUAUUAAACUUUCCACAGACUAUGAUGAUGAAUAUAAAUGAUCAAUUUAAGAAUGGUUCAAAUGCAUGGCUUUUCAAUGAAAGUCAAUCAAUGCAUAGAAAAUGUGACUUAGUACAUCAAAAAGAAAAUCAACAACAUUGUCAACCAUUACCUCCAUCAUAUUCAGAAGCAAUAAAAAAUCAAUUCACUAUAUCAAAUGGAUUAUCACCAUCAUCAUCAUCAACAAUUGAUAAUUUAAACAAAACUAUAUUAGAUUCAACAACUAAUGAAUGUUCAAUGUUCAAUCAAUCCAAUGAUAAUAAUAAUAAUAAUCCACACUAUUCAUUUUCAUCAUCGAUUCCUUCUUCUCCUAUUAUUAAUGGAUUCUUACCAUUUUCCUCAUUGUCUUCUAUAUCUUCCAUAUCAUAUUGUAAUAGUUUUCCAUUGAAUAAUUCAUCGAAUCCCUCUACAUCAACAUCCUCCUCCUCAUCAUCAUCAUCAUUAUCGUCAUCAACAACGACAACAACUUUAUCAUCACCAUUAAUGUCAACAUCAACAUCAAGUUUGUCAAUAUUAUCACAGUAUUCCUUGACAUCAUUACCAAAUACACCAUGUUUACCAUUGAACAUUAUACAAUUUUAUUUAAAUCAAUUAUUAUUUCAAUUAAUUCAUUGGUUAUGUCAAUUUAGACCAGAUUUAAAAAUGAAUGAACAUUUUAAUUAUUCUAUAAAUAAAUACAAUAUGAUUCAUUCAAUGUGUCAACAAUGGGAUUAUUUAUUUGGUAUAACACUAUUUUUAGAAUUUUAUAAAAUGUCAUUAGAUGAUAGUACUACUAAUAAUCAUAAUAGUAGUAGUGAUGUAAAUGAUAUAAAUGAUCAAUCUAUUAUUUUUAAUAAAAUGCAUUAUUUAUGGUUAGAAUUUGUAUGUAAACCAUUAGUUACAUCAUGGAAUAAUGUGAAGAAAUCAGAUAUUGAUUUAUUAACUACUUUAUCACAAUCUAAUUCAAUCAUUCAAUUAUUUACACAAUUAAUUGUUUUAAAAUUAAAUGAAGAAGAAAUUGAUUGGUUAAAAAUGAUGAUCUUGUUUAGUUCAACAUCAGGUAAUAUGCUGAUUGAUUCAUUUCAAUUGACACAAAAUUAUGUCAUAAAAUAUUAUCAAACUAUAUUAAAUGGUUGUUUAUUACGUCAAGAACAAUUAAUGCAUUUAAUUCAAACAAUUUAUUCAUGUAUUAAUAUAAAAUGUAAUUUACCUAUGAAUUGGUUAAAAUAUUAUAUUGAAUGUAUAUUUCAAUUAAAUAAUGAACAAUUUAAUUUAAUUAUUAAACAAAUGAUAUUUACAGCAAUAGAAACUUCUGAAAUUGUUACUUUAGAUUUUUUCAAAAAAAAAACAACUAAGAUUUCAUGUGAAUUUGAUCAAUUUCGCGUUGAACGACGUCGUCGUCGUCGACAACGAUAA